UUGCAAAGUGUAGUCCAGUACCCACAGCCCGUGGGUGACGGCUUGGACGAGGUGACACGUCUGCGAAUGGAGGUGCGUGCCAAGCUCCAGGAAGAGGAGAAGAUUCGUCUGGAGCGGGAGGUGGAGCAGCUGGUCCUGGUGAAGCAGGGUGCCUUGGCCUGGGGAGACCUGCUCUGCUCUGCCUGGCAGCACUGGCAGCUCUGGGCUCUUGCUGGGCUCCUGCUCCUUCUCUUGGCACAGUGGUAUAUGUGGAGGAAAGGGAGCCUGAGGAGAGAGGAGCAAGGAGAAGGACACGAUGGUGUAAAUGAAGAGGAAGUUGAAAAUGUGGAUGCAUAUGAAGAAGACGUUGGAAAUGAAGAUGAGGGAGACAGUGACAUGGAGGAGGAGGAAGAUGACAGUGAUGAUGGCCGUGCAGAGGAUGUCGACAAUGCUGCUGCGAAUGAAGAGCGUGAUGCUGCAAAUGAAGUUGGCAAUGAGGCUGCCAAUGCAGCAAACGUCAAUGAUGUUGGAAGUCAAGUGGAAGAAUACCGUGAUGGUGCCGAUAACUUUGGAAGAAUCAUAAUGGAGCGCAUACAGUGGCCUGUGCGGGACCUGCAGGAAGGAUGCAUGUGGACAAGAAGGCUGAUGGAGCAUUUUGCAAUUUAUUUUCGACGGGUCUUGUCCAACAGUUUCUAUCCGGUACUGCAAGGAGCCAUUGGGGUGGGCAGUGCCUUUGAAGGUUGGAGUCCUCGUGAGCAGGAUGUUGUGUACCAGGUGCUCAUACCCAUGACACCUCCCCGAGGGCACAGCUUCCACCUAGAGCUGGGCACUGCAGGGCAGAGGCGCUUGAGGAACUUCCACAUCCGCGUGCAGCAGGAGUGCACCUGCACGAGCGAGCGGCAGGGUGAGAACAUGCUGUGCUUCCUGCACCACCCUGAGGAGGAGCUGAGGAGGCAUCAGGAUCCCAGCCUCCUUCAUACCCUGUGCACGGGCUCCUACCUGGACGUGGGCAAAACUGCCCGCUGGUUCUACCAGCUGGUGAGAGCAAUCUGGCCGGCUUUGCUUGAGUCACACCAUUGGCAUUUAGUGCUGCUGCCCCCCAGACGCUCCUGCCAGUUCAAGGUGACCAAUGGCAGAGAAAGCUACCGGAUCGAGAUGCUGUUUGGGGUGCGGCAAGGCAACUCAGACGUCUUUGUAAGCAGCCAGCCUAGGCAAGCCCACACCUCCAGCAUAAUCUGGCCGGAGAGCUACGCUGUGGCCGAGAUGAAGUUCUUCAGGUACAUCGCCAGGCGGGCUCCCCCUGACAGCUUGCACCUGAAAUGCCUGCAAUUCUUCACUCGUCUUCAGCUGGGCUUAGGCUUCUCCACCUAUACCAUCAAGACCAUUGUCAUGCACCUCCUGAGCAUCUUGCCCGUGUCACAGUGGCGCAGGAGACAUUUUGUGAGGCGGCUGAUGGAUAUCAGCGAGAGCCUGCGCGCGUGUGUGGAAAUGAGACGCCUCAAUCACUUCAUUGUGGGCAACCAGAGGCUUCCUGAGGGGAUCCACUUGCCCCCAGAGGUCCUAAUGGCCAGGUCAUGCAAUCUCUUCCAUCACCUGGUGAUGGAUCCGGUUGCCCACUCCCAGGCGAUGAGCCAGUACGUGGAUCUGCACCAUUGGUUGAAACGGAUCCUUAAAAAUGAACAGUGA